UCCUCCCCCUCCUCCUCCCCCACCUCCCUCCACCUCCUCCUCCUCCUCCUCUCCUCUGACCCGUAUGGACACGGCCAGCCGUAGACGGCUGAGGAAACUGAACUGGGAGCAGAUCCCUAAGGAGAAGGUGGAGGGGAGGAAAAGUGUCUGGAGUGGAGCGGCUACGGAGGAGGAAGAGUUCCCUAUAGACCUCCACUCUCUGGAUGAGUUGUUUGGACAGAAGGACAGUAAACCUCAGGACAGAGCCGGGAGUUUGAGACGGAGGUCUGUGCUGAUGCGAUGCAGUUCACCCAAGGACAACACCACAGAUAAGGUCUCACUACUGGACUCCAAACGCAGUAUGAAUGUUGGAAUAUUUCUACGGCAGUUUAAGACGGCUGCCCAGGAGAUAGUUGAGGAUAUCCGGCAGGGGGUCGGGACCCGCUAUGGGGCAGAGAAACUGGCCGAGCUCUGCAAACUGCUGCCUGACACCGACGAGGAGGCUCGUCUGAAGAGGUUCAAGGGAGAACGCAGUGUGCUUGGGGAGCCUGACCUCUUCAUGAUUCUGCUAGUGGAAGUCCCCAGCUUCCGUCUGCGUCUGGACUCCAUGAUCCUGCAGGAGGAGUUUGACUCCGCCGUGACCUCUCUCUGUCUGGCGGCCAGAUGUCUGAGGGAGGCGGCCAGAGAGCUGUUGAGCUGUCCUGAGCUGCACUCCAUCCUCCGUCUGGUUCUGAAGGCAGGAAACUACAUGAACGCUGGUGGGUACGCAGGCAACGCAGCAGGGUUCCGAAUCCCCUCUCUGCUCAAGCUGGCCGACACCAAAGCCAACAAGCCUGGCAUGAACCUCCUGCACUUCGUGGCCAUGGAAGCGGUGAAAAAGGACCAGAGUUUACUGUCGUUUCCUGGCCAACUAGGACAUGUCGGCCCCGCCUCCAGGUUGUGUGAGGAGUCCGUAGUAGAGGAUCUCUCCAGGCUCCACAGCCGUGUGGCAUCCCUCAGGAUCAGUGUCCAGACGGAGGCAGACAUCCAGCAGCUCACACAGCCUUUCCUGGAGGUGGCAGAGGAGCGUCUGAAGGAGGCGGAGGAUGAGGUGGAGGGGAUGAGGAUGUCCAGUCAGGCUCUGGUCCAGUUCUUCUGUGAGGAUGACAGCACCUUUAAACUGGAGGAGUCCUGCAGGGUCUUCCACUCCUUUUGCCUUCGCUUCCAAAGAGCCGUACAGGAAAACGCAGAGCGGGAACAGAAGGAGCAGAAGCGGAUGGAGCGAGAGCGAGAGAUGGUGGAGAAGCGUCGCUCCGUGGCUGUGUGUACAGAUCUGGACCUGGGUGUGGCUCUGGGUCGGGUGUCCCCACUGGGAACCCAGGAGAACCAGAAUGACCUAGAGAGAACCCUUGAGAACCUGAGCCACAACUGGAACCGGCGCAGCCUUAGAACCCAGGAGAACCGCAGGCACUCCCCCCACCUCCAGAACUUCACCUCCGACCUCCUCCAGAACACCACCUCCGACCUCCUCCAGAACACCACCUCCGACCUCCUCCAGAACACCACCUCCGUUCCUCUUCAGACAUCCCCCCAUCUCCACCUCAGCUCCUCCAACCUCCGUAAUACCUCCACCCACCUCCAGACCUCUCCAGGGCUGCCCUGCCCCACCUACCCCAGCCAGGAGAGACCGUCCCUGGGGACAGAGACCAGGACAGUGCCCCUGGUCCAUCAGCAUCAACCAGUCCUGGAGACUAAGAGACCACAUCAUGAGGGGACAACUCAGACUCAAGUCUCACAACCGCAACAUGAACUGACUUCUAACGUCACUCAAACCCAGUGUGGACGUAGAUUCAAUGUCCCCCAAAACAGGCAGGACACUAUUGCCUAUGUCACCCAAACCCAACAUGGAAUUGUUACUAACGUCAUUGAAAGCCAACUUGAACCAACGGCUCGAGGGACUAAAACUCACCAUGAACGGACAGUUGAUGCCAGCCCGGACCAGCGUGUACUGACCACUAAGUCUAUGGCCAGUCCUCAUAGACACUCCUCCACUACCACUACUGCCAUUCCCAGUGUGAGAAGAAAUACCAUUGGUCUUAGACACAGGUAUGGCCUAGAGGUGACUGACCCUAUCCCCGUUUCUCAGGCGAAUCGCACAGACACCUCAGUCAGAGACGCAGUGCAUCAGAACCCUGACCUCGCUCAGCUCACAGGGUCAACGGUCACUCAGGUGACUCAGCAGCCCUUUGAGUGCCAAUCAGAAUCAUCCAUGGCCACUGACACCCCAGACAGUGUCCAAUCACAAUCCCAGGAGGCUAAGGGAGCCAAUGAGACCACACCAGGAAGUGCUGGUGACUUGGAGCUGAUGUUUUCACCUGAGGGAGGAACAACCCAGCAGAGGGAAACAGAAUCUGCCUCUACACCAGUGGAACAGAGCUGGCUGCCUCCCAGCCUACCAGAGCUGAGCCCACAGCGGGCACAGGAAUGCCCAGAGGUCUCCAGCCCGGAGAGGGACGGGUCGUACCCACGUGUGGGCGAAACCCUUGAAUGCCACACCCUGGUCCGAGGCCUGCGUUCCUACGACACCCUAUCCCCUCCUCCCACCCCCACCACACCCCUCCCCAGAGCCCCACCCAGCCUCUGCUCCAAGUGGAGGAAAGAGAGGCAGGCGGAGACUCCAGGGGCUGGUGCUAGGUCUCCAAUGGGGAAAGAGGACUCUCGGAGCGGGAGGAACUCUCCUGUUGUCAGAGGAGGGGCUAAGCGGGGCUUGGUACCCCGUGCAGGUCUACCGAACAAUACAGGCAUCCAUAGGGUGCGUUUUAUUUCCAAACCAGAGACACAGACACCCACCGGCCCUGUUCCAAAUCCUAAUUUACAGACUACACCACGUUCCACUCAUCUGGCGUCCGUGCGCAGCGCCUCCAUACGCUCCUCCCCCAUCACACGUCCUACUACUACCCAGACAGAGGUGAAACGGAGCAGUAGCACCAGGAGUGAGAGGAUCCAGGCUGGGGGUGAGAACCAGCAGCAGGCCCCAGGGAAACCCACCUUGACCCGCCGGGCAUCGGAGAGAGCUGGGCUGGGGCUUGGACCAGAGAGGGAGAGGACUUCUAGCACCAGCACCACUAGUAGUACAGCUAGCAGCCAGCCAGCCUUUGUCAGAGGCUCCCCUCUCAGGGUGACCAAACGUCUCGCCCCCACCUCCAACUCUGAGACCCAACACUCCUCUCAGCCCCGCUCCACACACAGCCCAUCCUCUGCUAUGGCUAAAACCGUCCGUACAGCUGUUAUAGCUGCGGCCAGGACUAAAACGGUCAAGACUAACCCUGGCACAGAGCCCUCUAGAGCUGCUGUCUCUGCCUGCAAAACCCCCACAGCAACACGGAUACCUGGACCUAAAAUGGCCCGUCCUGCCUCCUCGCCCAUGUGGAAGUGAUCGUGGGAGAUCAUACCACUUUUUCAGUCUUCCGUCCACAUGACUAUGUUUGUUUAUGUUUGGGACCACUGUACAAAAUGCGGGUAUCAAUAAAUUACUUGGUGAAUUGUAUCAGACCUCUCUGUUCUGGAGGGGUAGGCAGUUACUGGUCCAUGCAGACUCUAUUCAGCUUGUCCAGAAUCGAUGGGGUGUUUUCACUUAGGUCUGUCCCAUUUUAAAGUGCAAUUAAGGACGUACCAAGUACCUGCCAUACUCACUCUUGUCUGCUGGGAAGAUGACUAAGAACUGCAACUCAACAAAAUGGCUGCCACGACAUCACUCUACAUCUACUAUGUUUUGCAUAUGGACAGUAGCUGGACUGUCACUGUAGAUAGACAUGUAUUCUGUUCUACACACUACCUCCAUCCACUAGUGUCCUGUCCAGGCAACAGGACACUUCAAGGAGAGACUCACACCCAGCCUGGACUUUUAUCAAGCUCCUGAAAUGAGUGCCUCAUUUGUUCAUCAAGACAAUCAUUUGUUUAGAAUAAUUUGCCACUGCGGCCUCCUCUGUGUCUUGGUCUUUCAACAGAUCGCUCUCAUCGACUAGUCUUUUUAGGGUGUAUGUUGAAAAUGGCGUGUUUGUCUUCAAGGGUUAAUUUAUUUAACUUGAUGUGCGUCCCAAAUGGCGCCCUAUUCCCCAUAUAGUGCACAACUUUUGACCAGGGCCUCCAUACAGCUCUGGUCAAAAGUAGUGCGCUGUGUAGGGAAUCCAUCUCCAAUGUGCGAUGUCAUUUCUGAGUCCUCAAUGUUUUAGUGUGCAUUCUUAGAACUGUAUUUCUAAACCUCUUGUGCCGUUUGAUUUAGAUGCAUGGACCCUUCUUUCUCUUUUGUUGCUUUCUCACCUUGGGCUAUCUGUUUGCCCAAUCAGCAAUCAAUCGGUAUGAUAUCGAAUAGAUCAUUGGUAAUCGAUUGAUUUAUUGGUUAUCCUCAUCUUGAAUGUGCUCUUCAUUCUGAUGUACUUUACAAAGUGAAGAGGAAACAUGUUGCUAGGAUACUCACUGUAAUCUACUGCUGUUUAUAUCAGAAGAAAAUAUCUUAAAUUGAACGGCAUGAAUUGUUAUCCAUGACGACAACGUGUGUAUUUGUAAAUAAAAGAAAGUUGCUAACCAGA